UUACUCCUUUACAUCGAGUCUGAAAGAAGAACGAGAAAAAAAGAAAGAAUUUUCGAUCUGUUAAUAAAUACUGUAUUGGAUAUUGAAAUCGCGGAGACCAUUUUAGAAGAGAUAAUUCAGAUCAAUCCAGUCUAGGGCAAUCUAAGACCAAGCAAAGAAAUUGUUUAGUACUCUCUUGUUAAAGCUAAUUUCAAAAGAACAUAUGGCAGACAAGGACGAGAAGAAAACUGAAAUGGAGCUGGAAGUGAAGAGUACAUAUACUGAAGAUGAGAAGCCGAAACACAAAGAGGAGAAAGAGAAAAAACAUGAAGAGGGUGAAGAGAAGGGAAACAAAGACAAGGAGAAAAAACACAAAGAGGGAGAUGAAGGAAAGAAGAAGAAAGAAAAAAAGGAGAAAGAUGGAGAAGAAGAAGAGGUGAAGGAAAAAGAGAAAGACAAUAAGAAGAAGAGCGAAGAAGGAGAUGCUGUAGAUGAAGAGGGAACAGAAAAAGAAGCUAAGAAGGAAAAGAAAGACAAAGAAGUUAAAAAAGAUAAGAAAGACAAGGAGAAGAAAAAUGAAGGUCUAGAAGACGAGGAAGGCGAAGACAAAAAGAAAGAAAAGAAAAAGAAGAAGAAAGACAACGAUGGCGAAGAAGAACUGAAGGAAGGGGAAGAUGAAAAGAAAGAAAAGAAGAAGAAGAAAGACAAAGAUGGCAAAGAAGAACUGAAGGAAGGGGAAGACGAAAAGAAAGAAAAGAAGAAGAAGAAGAAGAAGAAGGACAAAGAUGGUGAAGAAGACAAUAAGGAUGAAAAGAAGGCUAAGGGCAAAGAUGAAAAAUCAAAGAAGAAGGAGAAGGAUGAAGGCACGGACAUGAAAGAAGAAAAAAAGAAAGACAAGGGAAGGAGAAAGAUGGAAAGGAUAAAAAAGAAAAAGAGAAGAAGGACAAGAGCAAAGAUGAGAAAGAUGGCAGCAGCAAGAAAAAAGAAAAGGAUGGGGAAUCAAAGGAAGAGAAGAAGGAGAAGAAGAACAAGGAUCAAGAUAAAGAGAAGAACAAGAACAAGGAAAGUGAGGAAUAGAAGUGCUUCUGACAAGCCAAUAGACUCGCCAGCUGCUACUGAAACUAAUGAACACAGAUGAUUGCUGAUGCAGUUCAGCAAUGUACUGUAAUCUUCUUGGACCUUUUCUUUUUUUUAUAUUCCUCAAGAUUGUAGUGGUUUAGAGGUUUUGUACGGUUUAACAGCUUGUAUGAGUAAACUGUAUCACGGCAAUACCCUAUCUGAAUAACAUGAACUUUUACUGAA